AUGAAUAAAGCUAAUAAUCAAAGCCAAACAGCUUCAUUGUUUAGUCAUUCUUCUGGAUUAAGUACGGCAUCUUCAAGGAAAUCAANAUCAAUGAAUAAAACUAAUAAUCAAAGUCAAACCGCUUCAUUGUUUAGUCAUUCUUCUGGAUUAAGUACGGCAUCUUCAAGGAAAUCAAUAGGAACCGAAACUAGUAGAGAACUCCACGAGGAAACUGUCGACGAUGAUGAAUUACAUUCUGAUAUUUCAGAUAUAUCGGAAAUUUCUGAAGAUGACGAAGAGGAGGAAGAAUACGAAGAAGACAGAAAAGAUUUAAACGUCGAUGCAGUACAGGAUUCAAAUACGAAAAACCCAUGGAAGCAUAGUCUAAUGAAGCUCAAAAACCUUCCGAUCCAUCUUGAACAAACCCCCAGUGAACUACUGCAACAAGAAAAACAAGAGCAUGCCAUAUCUCCAACUAAUAAACAACGAGAACAGCCCGUAUCUCCAGGUAGUAAACAACUAGAUGAGAGAAUUUCCCCUAAAAGUACUCAACCUAAACAACCAAAACCACAAACACAUUUCCAGAAACAACAACAACAGCAACAACAUAAGAACAUAUUUUAUAUUUCAAACUCACCAUCUCCUUCUAAUUCCAAAAACGAAAAUACCAAACCAGCCACUUCUCCUCUGGGAUUACUGCAAUUAAAACCUCCAGUUCAAUUACAUACACCAAAUUCGAAAUUACAUACAUCCAAUGGUCGUAUUGCCAAUCACCCACGUGCUCAGUCGGAACAAUUAGGAGUCACUCUUGCGGCGCCUGAUGAUUCAAGUAUGCAGCGACAAGGUUCAUUAUUUAGCAAUUUUGGAUUUACAGAAACAGAUAUGACGAAGAAGAAUUCGCAUGAGCGCCAUGACCAUGACGAGGAUGAUGAUGGAUAUUCGUCAACUGAUAUCUCUGAAGACGAGGAAAUAGAAGAAGAAGAGGAAGAGGAAGAGGAAGUAGAUACAGAAGAUGAAAAUAAUCAUAAAAAGGAAGAUAAUGAUAGUGAAUGGCUUUCUGUAAGUUCUGAUUCUGCCCAUCUGCUCAAUCAUGAUCCUCCACCUUUGAAUUUCGCAAAAGUUGAUCCUGUACCUAUAGCAAUUGAACAUCUAGAUAAACGACAGUCAACCCCCUUGUUACAAAAACCAAGAUCACUACUAUCAGGGUUGUUUCUUAAUGAAAUGGCAUCAACGGUGGCAAACACGCCUUUGAAUGGAGAACAUGAUAAACCAACGCUUAGGAGGUCAUGUACUACUGGAGUGAUUACGAUUGAAAAGAGGGAUAAAGAAAUUAGAAAGCCUUCAUUGAUAUUAGCCAAGACGAAAUUCCCAUCAGUGACUGAUUUGACAUCCAGCGAAGGAAGUAGUCCCGCACCUCCAAUGAAUAAACAGGAAACAAUAGUCGGUAUAUCGGACGUCAAUGCAACUUCUGACUAUAGUUCUCAUGAUCGAUUAAGUGAACUUGAAGCAGCAGCACAACAUGAAAAAUUAUCCACCAGUCUAAACAAAAUCUCCCAUUCUGAUUCCCAUAGUACAUUCCGAACAUACAUUUCAAAAUCGGCUAUGAAUUUAUCUAAAUUAUAUUCAAGUUCAAAACCAAAACACCCUUCCUUCACCUCGUCUGCAAAACAACAUCAUGAUUUCUUGCAUAAACAUAAUGUUCAAAAUCCAGCACCUACUUCUUCAUUCCAUCACCUUCAUUUACAACAGCUAACCCCAGUAGUCCCAUCCUCAACUACGGCUCAUGAUGCAAAUAGUCCACCAACCCCAGCACCACCACCUCCACCACCUUCAGUUCCAUUACCAAAAGUGACAACUAGGGAUGUAUCCCUAAAAGAGAAAGUCUUGGAUGAGGAUCUAAGUCAGAGUUUGAAAGAUGCAUUGAUUAUUGAUUAUAAAUUGGGAAAAGUGGCGUUGCCUGAUCGAGUUAUAAAUCCAAGUGCAUUGAUGAUUGGAAAUAUGGCAGGUGGGAAUGAUGAUGAUGAUUUUGAUGAUUAUCAUUCAAAAGGUUGGUGA